AUGGGAUAUUUAACCCAUCUGUAUUUUCAUCUGCACCUGAUCAAGCCCACCAAGGCAGAAUGGACUUUAAAAGUUAAGGGAGGAACAGUCUUGGACCACGUGGUGUUCUGGUUCGGCUGUGCUGACCGGCAGGUGAAGACACGCCGACCCCCCUUCUCCCUCUGCGAUCUGGCAGGACCAGAGGCCGCCUUCAUGCCCGAUCCAGGGCCAGGUGAAGUUCCUGCAGCAGCCACUGCUCUUCCACCAGCUCUCCGGGAGUUCGUAGAGCCGCUGUUUCGGCAGGCUCCAAUCCCAGCAAUGGAGACCUCUGGUCAGCACCCCCAGAAUUCCACUUCAGCUGGACCUCCUAGAUUGUAUCCACCUCUCCCGUUACAGUUGCAGGUGUCACUCCUGGAUCCACCACAGGAGGGUGAAGACAGCAUACCACGCAGACCUGGAGGACGCCAAGUGGACUACACAAAGGACCCCACUGAUUCCCGUGAAACCAAGAUCAUCUUAAAGAAGAAAAAAAGAUGA